AUGACUGCUACUAUGAACGGGACGUUCAACUCGGCCCCUGACACACCUUCCCCCGUCUAUCCCGAUCGUCUGAUCCGGCCUCUUCCCCGACGCACCCUGCGUUCUCGACUGUCCACCGAUGCCGCCGACACCAUUCAUUACCCACCUACACCGCCAGCUUCGCAGAUUUUUUACGGCGUUGGAGACACAGAAGAGGUGGCCCCUCAUGGGAAGGCCUAUGCUCGGCAAAAAGCGUUAGAGAGACACGAACUAACUCCGGAGGCCGACUCACACGGGUUCGAAACGGCCGUGGAACUGGAAAGCGGAGACGAAGACGGACCGGUUGUGGUGCGGCGGAGUGCAGGAUUUCGAGGAUCGAUGUCCCCGGGUUCCAGUCCCCAGCGGCCAGCCUUCUCUGGUCGGCCGCAAAGUCAAGGUCAAAAUCAACAGCAAAGUCAAGGUCAGGAUGGCUCGCAGAAAUCCUCCGGGCAAGAUGGGUACGAUGCGUUCGAAAACACGAACAACAAGAAGAAGCGGAAAAUCCCCACUCCGGGGAACAUGGGUGGUCACCACUCUGCCCUCUCCCCAGAAUUUGCCAGCAUGGGUUUAGCCAACUCGGUUCCUUCACCACCCGCGGCCAGUGAUGGCAUGUCGACAGGUACUUACUAUGGAAAUGGCAACCCAGCUUCACCCUUGAGCAGUGGAAUCUCCGGCUCUGGUCGAGGUCGUUUGGGAAGAAGCUCCACUCGCAGCAACAGUGGGCGAAAUCCGUUGUCUGCGAACGCGCAGAAUGCGUGGAUGAACAGCACUCGGGCACCCAGUCGGCGAGAUGGCCUGAUGUCCUCCCCUGGACCAUCCGGUGAAUCCUCCGAUCAAGGCAUCAUUUCGACUGCUAUUGCUAAUGCUGCUACCUUCUCGUCCCCUCCACGAGGCCCCAGCAAUGUCAGCCUGCUGGAUCAAGAAAACACCACCCCCACUAAGACUCAGUUUACAUUCACCUGCGAGUCUGACUCAUCCAAAGGAAUGGCCAUGCAGCGGAACUCAUACUCCGCGCCAUACCGCUCCCCGACUUCCCCUCUAGCCCCCACAACCCAAAACCCUCGAGGUUUCUCCACCCAAGGAACGCAAACGAGCCCCAAUAUGGCUGCACCAAUGAACCAGCAGGCUCCACCUGGAACGCAACCGUCACCACAAGGAGACCAAGCAUCCGUGGGCCGCAAGAAGAAGCGUUCUCCCGGCAGCGUCUACGCCCUGGCCGCUCGACAACGCAAGAUCCAGCAGCAAUACACUAACAUUCAUCAUCCACCCAGCCUGGAGGACAUCUGGAUCUGCGAGUUUUGCGAGUACGAGAGCAUUUUUGGGCACCCGCCGGAGGCACUUAUCCGGCAGUACGAGAUCAAAGACCGCAAGGAGCGCAAGCGGCUGGCUGAGAAGAAGCGACUUCUCGAAAAGGCCAAGAUGAAGGGCCGCAAAACGAAGAAGGCGACCAAGAAUGCGAAGAAUGCCUCCUCCCACCAGGGAUAUCAACAGGGCUACGAUCGCGCCUCGGUUGACCACUCCUCUGCCGCCGGGUCUGGCCUCCCGGACGACGAGUACAUAGGUCAUGAAUACGAUGACGACCAGGGGUCCAUCCCAGGCCCUGACCCUGCAUCUCCGACUGAUCUCAAACCACCGCUACCACCAGCGAAUGAUCCGCCUAAAGCCUUUGCACCUGGCGGGACCGCCAAGGCCGCUGCAGACGCCGGGGCCAGUCGACCAGCCUGA